AUGCCAAAAGUCUUCCACUCGUCCCGUGCAAGGACAGGCCGACUCGUUCACCUCAUUCCAGACGAAAUCGCACAAGAGGAGCCCCAGCACACUCUCUUUGCCUACGCGAAAGGAACAAGCCCAAAAGAUGGCUUUGUUGACGUGUCCGCAGAGCGAUUCGCCAACGCAGUGAAUCGAACUAGUUGGUUCCUGGAGACUCUACUCGGAAAGCCCAAAGGGUUUGAAACGGUUGCCUACAUGGGACCAAAUGACAUACGUUAUUUCCUCCUCAUGUUCGGCGCAAUCAAGGUCGGCUACCAGAUGCUGUUCUUAUCCCCGCGCAACAGCAUCGAAGGCCAUGUCAAUAUUCUUAAUGUCAUGGAAUGUCGCAUCUUUCUGAAUGGCAACGGCACCGAUGUUGAAGACAUCCGAAGUCGUCGGAUCAUGGCCAAUGCUGUGGUACCCGAGCUCGGCGAGUUGCUUGAUCCGACUCAAGUUCCCAUCUAUCCGUACACAAAGACGUUCGAGGAGGCCAAAAUGGACCCAGGACUCGUGCUCCACACUACAGGCUCUACAGGGUUGCCCAAGCCCAUCGUCUGGAGGAAUGGCACCCUAAGCACAUACGAGGCAUGGCGCACAAUUCCCCACGUCGACGGAUAUGUGCCGACCACGGAGGUAUAUAGCACAGCCAGAAGGGCCUACACAUCCAUGCCCUUGUUCCAUACGAGCGGGCUGAACGCUGGCAUAACCUGGUCGCUGCUAUGUGGCGUUACUCUGGUCUACGGAUCGCCUCAUGUUGUGCCCAAUUCACAAUAUGUAGACGAGAUGCACAGAUACGCUGGGGUUGAUGCUUCUAUGGGCGCUCCGUCACUGUACGAAGAGCUGAGCCGCGAUGAGCAUGCUUUGGCUCACAUAAAUCGUCUGGAGUAUGUUAUUGCCAGUGGUGCUCCGCUAUCUCAGACAGCCGGAAACCUCAUCUCCGAGCACACCAGGGUCAUCUCCAAUCUGGGAUCGACAGAGACAGCCUGCUUGCAGAGACUUGCGCCUGACAUCAAUGAUUGGUCCUACUUCUACUGGCAUCCCACGCAUUCGGGAAUAGAGAUGCGUGAGUAUUCUCCGGGGCUCUACGAGCUGUUCCUGGUGCGAGUCCCGGGCCUAGAGGUGUAUCAAGGUAUCUUCAUGAACUUCCCCAAGCUCACCGAAUGGUCAAUGAGCGACCUCUACGAGCGUCAUCCGGAUCCUCAAAAGCCCUUCUUGUACCGCUAUGUCGGGCGCAAAGACGACGUGAUUGUGUUGAGUAAUGGUGAGAAGGUAUCACCUGCCCUUAUGGAGGCUUCAUUGCAGAGCAGUCCCUUGGUGAAGGGUGCCAUGGUGGUGGGUCGUGCCAAGUUCCAGCCCGCCGUCCUGAUCGAGCUUAACGACAAGCCACCGCAGUCAGUAAGAGAACGCCAGGACGUUGUGAGGCAGCUGAUUCCAUUUCUCAAUGAGGCAAACACGCACGCACCGGCCCAUGGCCAAUUGGAUCAGUACCACAUUCUAUUCGCCGAUCCUGAGCGCCCUGUGCACUACCUCGGACAAGGAAAGAUUCAGAGAAUACGGACCUAUGCACUUUAUGAGCGGGACAUUGAGAGGCUGUACCGGUCUAUUGAUGAUUUGGAAGACCACAUCACCAUCAUGGAGAAUCGGCCACGCCUGGAGCUCACGGCUUCUGAUGCAAUUGUGAGCUGGCUCGAAAAUCUCCUGAAAGACAUUACGGGCUUCCAGAAGAUAGCAGCCGAUCAAGACCUAUUCGAAUCAGGGGUAGAUUCACUCCACGUCAUUCGCGUGGCACGCGAGCUCAGGUUCCAGGCCAAGAGGGAGGGCCUGGCGGCUAGGCUGAAGUCCUUCUCUCCAAAGGACAUCUACGCUCACCCGAACCUGAACGAUCUUGCCGCUCGCAUUCUAGAAUACAUCAACAGGCCGCCCGAAGCAAAUGGUCGCCGGCAUAGCCAGGGGCACGAGGCAGACACAGCGACAGACCACAAGGCCUCGAUCGAGGAUGCCGAGCGCCUUCUGCACAAAUACAUCAAGGCAUUGCCCAGAUCGGAAAAGCGUACUCCAGGCUUAACCCCUGAGCGGAACAUCACUGUCCUCCUCACUGGAAGUACCGGAUCACUGGGUUCGUAUAUUCUCGAUGCCCUUUACCGAGACAGCAACGUUGCACGUAUCAUCUGCCUCAACCGUUCCUCUACGGCCGAAGAGAAACACGCCCAGAGCUGCGUUCAACGGGGCCUGGCUUCAAUCAGCGGCUCGCGCGUGCAGUUUCUCAAGGCGAGUCUUGCCCUGCCCAAGCUAGGGCUCGAGGAUGCCCAGUAUGCUCAAGUCGUCAAUAAUGUGACUCACAUCAUUCACAAUCAAUGGCCGGUAAACUUCAAUUGGAAAGUCGGUUCCUUUGAGCCAUACAUUCAAGGGGUCACCAACCUGGUUCAUCUCUCAAGCGUAUCCAAGCACAACGCUUUCAUCCUCUUCGUCUCGAGCGUGUCGGCCGUCGGAUCCUGGAAGGGUCCUGGACCUGCUCCCGAACAAGCCAUGGAUAACCUCAGUGUCGCGGCGCCAAUGGGAUACGGACAGUCCAAACUCAUCUCCGAAUGCCUUCUGGCGGAGGCUUCGAGGAGGUCAGCUGUGCGGUCCGCGUCUUGUCGCGUUGGCAUUAUAGCCGGCCCAGUCGAGAGUCAAUUAGGCUUGUGGAAUCCCCACGAGUACAUCCCAUCAAUCAUCAUCUCUUCUGCGUACCUCGGCGUUUUGCCUGCAACAUUUCCGUCGCGUGACCGUGUGGACUGGGUCCCCGUCGACAAGGUAUCCGGAGCACUCAUUGAGGUGCUCCUCUCUUGCUCGAAAAAGCAACAACCUGAUCACGUAUCUCUAUCUGCGGAUGUUUUUCACAUCGUCAACCAGGACGUGAUAUCCUGGAGCGACCACCUGAUGCCUGGGGUUGCCAACCUAUACGCGCAAGAAUCCACGAAUGUCAAGCUUGUGCCCUUCGACAAGUGGGUCGAGGUCCUGAAGAGGAGUGCGGACGCGUCGUCGCUCGAUGUGGAGCGAAACCCCGCUAUACGCCUUCUGGACUUCUAUCUUGGAGUAUCGGGCACUGACAAGGUUCCCCGAGCGUUGGCAUCCGAAAGAGCGCGGCAGGUCAGCAAAACGCUGAGGAACGUUGGACCCUCGCGGAAGACCUGGCAGUAA